GCGCGUGGUGUCUCCGCAUGUGACGUAGUAUUUCUUGUGAGCUCGACAGAACCCGUAUGGGUACGGAAAGUCAGAGCAGGGGAUUUGUGGAUCACUUGUCCAACUAGUGAGCAGUCUUUUGUCUGAGAUCACGGUAAUAUAGAAAUGUCGGGGGAUAACGAAGAAGCACAGACAGCCGAGGAGACAUCUGUGGACGAGAAGGAGAUUCAGGACAAGGUUAUCAGUCCCGAGAAAGCAGAGGAAGCCAAACUGAAGGCCAGAUACCCAAAUUUAGGAAACAAGCCCGGAGGUUCUGAUCUGCUUCGCAAACGCCUCCAGAAAGGACAAAAAUAUUUUGACUCUGGUGACUAUAAUAUGGCCAAAGCGAAGAUAAAGAACAAGCAGUUGCCAACAGCUGCACCAGAGAAGACCGAGAUCACAGGGGACCACAUCCCCACCCCCCAGGACCUGCCCCAGAGGAAACCUUCUCUGGUGGCCAGUAAACUGGCAGGCUGAUGCACACACAGCCUCUCCAGCCCCUGCACCACCUCCCAGCCCAAACCCUCUCCACUCAAAUCUGUAACAUUACCUCUCCCACCCUUAACAGUACCUCCUGUCCCCUGCCUCUGGACCCCAUCCAACAGGAACCCACACCUAGCAAACUUGCUAGCUGCUACCUUCAAAUUCUGUUUAUUUUUGUUUUCACCUCAUCUUGCCCUGUCUUGAAUACUUCCUAUCUUUGUUUUUGUCUCUUGCUGUUCCCUCAAACUGACAGCCCCUCUGUCAUUGUCCUCUUACAUUUCCAUGUUCGUUUUUAUUUUCUCUUCCGUGUAAGAUGUGUUGAAAGACAUUACAUGCAAGUGUGAGUGUGAUGAGCAGACUGUGACCUCUGCAUGACUGAUGGGCAACUGAUGGCAGAAGACUGGGGUGAGCAGCAGAAGCUGUGUCUUGUGUGGUUGGAAGGCUUUAGUGUGGUCAUCAGGAACCCUCAGUUUGAAAAUGUGUGUGUGUGUGUAUGAUAUAUAUAUAUACAUAUAUAUAUAUAUAUAUAUACUUUUGUUUGGCACAGGGGCAGAUGUCAGCCUUUUAGAGGGUUUUACAUCAGAUUUCACUGUAUGUCCUUAUUCUAAAUUAUGCUGUCAAUAUGCUUGAGUGACUGACAGAAUAUUAUAAUCCAGAAGCCAAACUCAUCUUAACACUUUGUGAGCUGUGGGAAGGAUGUCAGACUGAACGUCUACACAAUGAAGACCUGAUUGUCAUAUGAAAGUGCAUGUGUGAUACGGGGCUCCCAAAGGGGAACCUUGCUGAGCUCCAUUUUAAUUCAUCAAGGUGCAUUUGACACAAACAUUAACAGAUACUGAAAGGCUGAGGUGCAAAUUACAAAUACUGGGCAGCAUGUGGAUGAUAUUCAGAACUCCUUGAAACUAGGAAAUGUUGUACUUUCAGCAGUGAAAGUGGAGGGUGUGGUGUUGUUGCUUCAGUGUGAACUGUAGUUCGCACUGUUUGUGAUGUGCCGUGCAUUUCAGCCUCAGUGACAACACACGCACCCUCCUCACGCCAAAGUUUAUAGUUUUAGGUGGUUUUGAAUGAAUCAAAAUGGUUAGAGCAGUAUAUGGGACCUAAAAGCUAAAUUCCUGACAGUAGGGACCAGUCUUUGUGUCCCUUAUGCUGUAUGAGUAGACUAAAUUUAUGGUUUAAAAAUGUACUGGAAGCAGCUCUUGGCACUGGGAUCAAAUAGUGUUAUGAAUUGUGUUCAGACGUGGAGAAAAAAAAAACAUCUAUUUGCAUAAGUUGAAGUAGUUUUAUCUCAAAAAAUGUUGUUGGCCCUGUAAAGUGCAUUUUCCAGGGUUCUUAGUGACCAGGUGAAGUUUCCCUGUGAUGUAAAUCUAAGCUUGCUCUUCAUCUGUCAGAGCUGUGCAUGUAUAUGGCUGCCCUGCUGUCACUUGGUGCCAUUUUGUUUUGUAAAUAAAAUAGUUUUGCACAAAUCUUUAA